UCGCGUCCCCAGGCCAGCGGGGGGGGAGGGGAAGAGAGGGGACCCCGGGACCCCCGCCCCCCCCACCCGGCCGCCCAGUCCCCCGGGACCCGGAGAAAAUGUCUUCGCGGACGGCGCUGGCCCCGGGCAACGAUCGGAACUCGGACACGCAUGGCACCUUGGGCAGUGGCCGCUCCUCAGACAAAGGGCCAUCCUGGUCCAGCCGCUCCCUGGGUGCCCGCUGCCGGAACUCCAUCGCCUCCUGUCCCGAGGAGCAGCCCCACGUGGGCAACUACCGCCUGCUGAGAACCAUCGGGAAGGGCAACUUCGCCAAAGUCAAGCUGGCCCGGCACAUCCUCACGGGCCGCGAGGUCGCCAUCAAGAUCAUUGACAAAACCCAGCUGAACCCCAGCAGCCUGCAGAAACUGUUCCGAGAAGUCCGCAUCAUGAAGGGCCUAAACCACCCCAACAUCGUGAAGCUCUUCGAAGUGAUCGAGACGGAGAAGACGCUGUACCUGGUGAUGGAAUACGCAAGUGCCGGAGAAGUGUUUGACUACCUCGUGUCCCACGGCCGCAUGAAGGAGAAGGAAGCUCGAGCCAAGUUCCGACAGAUUGUAUCGGCUGUGCACUACUGUCACCAGAAAAACAUCGUGCACAGGGAUCUGAAGGCCGAGAACCUGUUGCUGGAUGCCGAGGCCAACAUCAAGAUCGCUGACUUUGGCUUCAGCAACGAGUUUACUCUGGGCUCGAAGUUGGACACGUUCUGUGGGAGCCCCCCGUAUGCUGCGCCAGAGCUGUUCCAGGGCAAGAAGUAUGAUGGGCCAGAGGUGGACAUCUGGAGCCUCGGCGUCAUCCUGUACACCCUCGUCAGCGGCUCCCUGCCCUUCGAUGGGCACAACCUCAAGGAGCUGCGGGAGCGAGUCCUCAGAGGGAAGUACCGGGUCCCUUUCUACAUGUCAACAGACUGUGAGAGCAUCCUGCGGAGAUUUUUGGUGCUGAACCCAGCUAAACGCUGUACUCUCGAGCAAAUCAUGAAAGACAAAUGGAUCAACAUUGGCUAUGAGGGUGAGGAGCUGAAGCCAUACACGGAGCCCGAAGAGGAUUUCGGGGACACCAAGCGAAUUGAGGUGAUGGUGGGUAUGGGCUACACGCGGGAAGAAAUCAAAGAGGCCUUGACCAGCCAGAAGUACAACGAAGUGACCGCCACCUACCUCCUGCUGGGCAGGAAGACUGAGGAGGGUGGGGACCGGGGCACCCCGGGGCUGGCCCUGGCACGGGUGCGGGCGCCCAGCGACACCACCAAUGGAACAGGCUCCAGCAAAGGCACCAGCCACAGCAAAGGACAGCGGAGUUCCUCCUCCACCUACCACCGCCAGCGCAGGCAUAGCGACUUCUGUGGCCCAUCCCCCGCACCCUUACACCCCAAGCGCAGCCCAACCAGCACCGGGGACGCGGAGCUGAAGGAGGAGCGACUGCCAGGCCGGAAGGCGAGCUGCAGUGCUGCCGGAAGCGGGAGCCGGGGGCUGCCCCCCUCCAGCCCCAUGGUCAGCAGCGCCCACAACCCCAACAAGGCAGAGAUCCCAGAGCGGCGGAAGGACAGCACGAGCACCCCUAACAACCUCCCUCCCAGUAUGAUGACCCGCAGAAACACCUACGUUUGCACAGAACGCCCUGGGGCUGAGCGCCCAUCCCUGUUGCCAAAUGGCAAAGAGAAUAGCUCGGGUACCCCACGGGUGCCCCCCGCCUCUCCCUCUAGUCACAGCCUGGCUCCCCCAUCGGGGGAGCGGAGCCGCCUGGCACGCGGUUCCACCAUCCGCAGCACCUUCCACGGUGGCCAGGUCCGGGACCGGAGGGCAGGGGGCGGGGGAGGCGGGGGUGUGCAGAAUGGACCCCCCGCCUCUCCCACGCUGGCCCACGAGGCCACCCCCCUGCCCACUGGGCGGCCCCGCCCCACCACCAACCUCUUCACCAAGCUGACCUCCAAACUGACCAGAAGGGUCACAGACGAACCUGAGAGAAUCGGGGGACCUGAGGUCACAAGUUGCCAUCUACCUUGGGAUCAAACGGAAACCGCCCCCCGGCUACUCCGAUUCCCCUGGAGUGUGAAGCUGACCAGCUCGCGCCCGCCCGAGGCCCUGAUGGCGGCCCUGCGCCAGGCCACCGCGGCCGCCCGCUGCCGCUGCCGCCAGCCACAGCCGUUCCUGCUGGCCUGCCUGCACGGGGGUGCGGGCGGGCCCGAGCCCCUGUCCCACUUCGAAGUGGAGGUCUGCCAGCUGCCCCGGCCCGGCCUGCGGGGAGUGCUGUUCCGCCGCGUGGCCGGCACCGCCCUGGCCUUCCGCACCCUCGUCACCCGCAUCUCCAACGACCUCGAGCUCUGAGCCACCACGGCCCGGGUCCCCUCCCCUUCCUCCCCCUCGUCCCCUUCACCUCUGCCACCCGGGGGAGAGGGGUCAGGGAGGGGAGUCUCCCCUCUGUCAUCACCUCGGUUCCCGAGAAUCCGAUGUGGGGACAGAGAUGGUCCGCCCUGUGGCCCAAUCUCCAUGGGCCCUGGGCAUGGGAGAAGCGGGAGGGGGCUGAGCAGGGGGAGCUGGCACCUUCCUGGAGCCUCCAGCUGGUCCUGUCCCCCCUCCCCCUGUGGGGAGGGGCACCCGAAAAGACUUUGGGGGCCGGGAAGGGGCAGAAAGGGAAACUGAGGAACCUCUUCCAUCCCGCCCCAUCCCCCCACCCCCAGCAGCUCAAGAAUUAGGCCUUGGGCAGGGGUAGGAAAGGUUGCUGAGCCUAAAGACUGGAGAAUGGAGGGGGGGGCUGGAAGUGGGGGAGGGGUCAGAGAGGCAGAUUCCUUCCCCUCCCCACCCCUCCCCUCACGCUGGAACCCCCCCUUCCUGCCCCAGGCUGGCGCGGGGCACUUUGUACAAACCUUGUAAAUACCCCCACCCCCUCCCCUCUGCAGAGAUCUCUCGAGGAGCUGCCGCCGUCACCUCCGGUUUUUAAGUUAUUACACCCCCCCUCCUGUCAGCCCCCUCACCUGCAGCCUGUCGCCCAAUAAACUUAGGAGAGUCCCCCUCCCCCACGCUGACCCCAGGCUGUUCCUUCCCUGCCCUCACCUACGAGUGAGACGAGGAGGAGGCAGUGUGUGACUUUGGGCCAAUGGUUCCUCCUUUCUGAGCCUCAAUUUUCUCAGCUGCAGAAUGGGCCUAGUGGGGGUGUGAGGGUCAAGGAUGAUGAUGGUGGAGGGCAGGACAGAACUCGGCCUCAUCCACGAGGCCCCCAGUUCCUAUAUCGGUCCCCCAUUCAUUCACUCACGUGCCCACCCACAUGUUAUAGCGGACUCUAAGCCACUUCUUACACCAGUAGUACAUUUAUUCAAUAAACAGUCAUUGACCUGUGCCUACUCCA